AUGUUGAUGAUGAUCUCCUUCUUCAUCUUUCGAGUGUGCCUGUACACCUACAUGGCGGUCGUCAUCUAUCGCAGCUCAGAAGGGCUCUUUACGAUCCCAGUGCUGAAUCGUAUCCUUUUCCUUUCGGGCUACUUCGGCGGAGCAGGCUUGCAGUACUUCUGGUUCGCCAAGAUCCUCCGGGGGGCGUACAAAACCUUGAUCGGCGGACCGAGCCGACCAACGGAGAAGCUCUUGAAGUCGGACACUGUGGCUGAGCCCGAGGCAUCCUCGCCGCCGAAGGAGCUUCGGCCAGGCUGGCAGGCCAAGGACACCGAUGCAUCGCCGAAGGACACGCUGAACGCGGCGUCGGCGCCCUUCGUGCCACGGGCGCGGAUCCGUGAACAUCGGGUAGUGGGCCUGAUUACAGAGUGGAGGGGAUACAUGGGCUGGAUUCAGCCAUUGGCGAAGAUAGAGCACGAGUUGGCGGGAAGGCACUGGGGUCUUCUCUAUGUGAAUCAAAGCGAUGUGAAGUCUGUUGAUGGCCUUGUGCCAUGGAUGAAGGCCGGGCGCAUCGUGGAUUUCUACGUUUAUGCCGACCCGGAUGGCUUGGGUGCCGAGGAGGUGCAGGCGCUGUGGCCGCUGCGGGUGACCCUGAGCCAGGGCGAGGCGAAGACCUUGAUGAAGGGGUGGAGCCCGCAUUGGUCGGAGUACCUGACAGAGUCCGAGUACUACACUUCCCAGCACCUGGGCGUCCUCGUCCGGAAAUACUCCUGGCCUUUGCCCUUCGUGGUCUUGGAGCUUUGGGGUUUGCAAGAAGAGCUGGCGCAAGCAGCAGAGCACUGUAGCUCCCAAGGUAGCGGGGACCGGCGCCGGUUGGCGCUACUGCUACCUGAGACGUCAGUGCCUAAAGCAGAGCAUUUGCCUGGGAAGCCGAAGGUCUCCACGCACGCAGUGCUGCAAAGCCCGCCCUGCCGGAGCUUGACCCUGGAAGCCUCGUCCAGCGAAGUCCGCGACGCGGUGAUCGCCUUCUUGCGGGCGAUGCAACACUGA